AGGGACUAGCACAUGUUCUGCUCUCUGGCAAAGGAGGAAGACUGAAAAACAACUACACUGGCUACCAAUAUAGCUUUAGAAUAAAAAUGAAGUGGCCCUGGGUCUGGAUCAAACUCUGCUGGCUCUGUCCAACUUUGGUUUAUGGUGGGAAGGUACUUGUUUUUCCAGUAGACAUGAGCCACUGGGUUAACAUGAAAGUCAUUAUAGAGGAACUACACUCGAGGGGUCACCAGGUUUCUGUUGUGCGAUCAUCAAACAGCUGGUACAUCAAGGAAACCUCCCCAUUCUAUACUUCAGUUACACUUGAUAUAGAGUUUGGAUUGGAAGAAGAAUUUAUAACUACGUAUCUGGCCCGGUUGCUGGAAAUCCAGAGGGAAAGGAAGUCUGUCUGGGCACGUUUUAAACUGGAAAUGGAACAAACAGAACUGGCCAGUGAGAUUAAUAGGAAAACAUGCAAAAUGCUGGAGCUGCUUUUUGAAAACAAAGAUCUGAUACAAUCACUACGGGAUACCAAAUAUGACCUUGUCCUCACAGACCCUGCUACACCAGGGGGUGUUAUAUUUGCCCACUACCUCAGAUUACCUUUUGUUUUCAAUGUCAGAUGGACUAGUCAAGGUGAAGGCCAUUUUUCAAUUGCACCCUCUCCUCUUUCUUAUGUUCCAAUGACAGGGACAGAGCUAUCAGACAAAAUGAGCUUUCUCGAGAGACUUCUUAAUGUCAUUGUUUUUGGCUUAACACAAAUGCAAAUUGCACAGUUUGUUUUACCACAUUAUGUUGCCUUAACUGAAAAAUAUUUAGGCCCAGAUGUGGACUAUUUCUCCUUGUUUCAAGCAGCAGACCUGUGGCUGAUGAGAGUGGACUUUGUGUUUGAGUUCCCUCGUCCCACCAUGCCUAAUGUUAUCUAUAUGGGAGGGUUCCAGUGUAAAGACGCAAAACCUCUGCCUCAACACCUGGAGGAGUUUGUGCAGAGUUCUGGAGAGCAUGGAGUCAUCAUCAUGUCUCUGGGGACUUUGAUUGGAGAGCUUCCCCACGAUUUAGCCGAUGAAAUCGCUGCAGCUUUUGCUAAAUUACCACAGAAAGUCAUCUGGAGGUAUAAAGGUGACAGACCAGCCACUCUGGGCAACAACACUUUACUAGUCGACUGGUUGCCACAGAAUGACCUCCUAGGACAUCCAAAGACUAAACUAUUUGUAAGUCAUGGGGGAACAAAUGGAAUCUAUGAGUCUAUAUAUCACGGGGUUCCAAUUGUAGGCAUUCCCUUUGUGUUUGAUCAAGCCGACAACCUCUCCAGAGUGAGAGCAAAGGGCGCUGCAAUGGUUGUGGAUAUAUCUGAAUUGGACAGCAAAGCAUUUCAGACUGUCAUACAGGAAGUCCUGCACGAGCCCUCCUACAGGAUGAACAUGCAGAGACUCUCCAGGCUGCACAGAGAUCAGCCAAUGAAGCGGCUGGACACCGCCCUCUUCUGGAUAGAGUUUGUCAUGAGACACAAAGGUGCGGCUCACCUGAGAACAGAGUCCUACAGACUGCCCUGGUAUUCCUACCACUCAGUAGAUGUCGUUUUAUUUUUGCUGACAGUUACACUGCUUAUUUUGUUCAUUUUUGUUGGGUUAGUAUGGUCGUGCUUCAGACUGUGUUUGAAAAGAAAAAUGAAAUCUGACUAGCAGAGAAGGAAGCUUUGUUUAUUUUGAUACGUGUUAAUAUGUUACUUUCAUUCUGGCGGUGAUCAGUUGAAUAUUAAAAGAGUAGAUGAUGAUGUUGACCGACUGUUUGACUGUGCUUUACUGACUGUACUUUGAUACAAGCAGAGUCAUUUCACUUAUCAGUAUGCAUGCAUCACUUUAACAAUUACUUUUGGCUCUAAACAAAUGAAAAUCUUAAAACUCACAGCAAAUGCAAACUACCAUAGGACUAGUAGACUAAGUUGAUAAAAUUGAGAUACAAAUUUGACCUCUUCUAUUCUCUAUUUUUCUGUACACUGCAUUAAAAACUACAUUAAAUGCAAAGAUUCUGAAAAAAGACCUCAAGUUCCCAAUAAAAUCUUAAAACAAUAUGGACUGAAGAAAAAACAUGCGCAUCUCUUGGUUUGUUGAACCACCCUACCACUCUGAAGAUGUGAUGCUACUCAUAGUUGGAGUUGUGCUGAUUAUUCUGGGCACCUUUGUUGCCCUAAUAAGGUGUUUAUGCUGUAAACUCUGUCUGAGACCAAAAAAGGAUAAAAAGGUGAUUGAAAAAUCAAAGUGGCAUUCAAACUGAAAUUUAAACCACAAAUAUGUGUAUUGUGCAAAUAUGUACAAAUAUGUGUACUUCUAAAUAUGUGAAAAUUUGAAAUUUUGGCUUUAGUUGUUUUUACUGUGAUUUGAUGGGGAGAUUGAAAAUACAUUUCCAAAGAGUUGCAAAAGCUGUAAUGCUGAUUCUAUUAAAAAAGACAACAAAUCAAAAUCAUUCAGUGCUUUAUAAUUAUUCAUUUUAUCCACAAGGAAGAACACAUAUGUCACAAAAUGUACAGUAGCAUUGCUGCUUUAGAGGGAACAAAAUAAAAGCCU